AUGUCGAAUGGAAAAACACCGGACAAAGGUAAAAGCUACCAGUCAGGAGAUGAAGAUUUUGAGUUCUCCUCAGAGGGAGACAGGGCCUCUGGCUACAACGCAUCUGGAGAUUCAUUCCCCAUGAGGGUCACCUACAGAGCAGGAGCUGGAAUCGAGAACCCGGCCUUCAUGCCGGACAUAGACUCCAUGUCCACGGUGCAGAUCCCCCCGUGGCUGGCGGAGGCCGAGCACGACAGCAGCACGGUGGCCCCUUCGCAGAGAGCCCAGGUGAGGCUGCCGUGGACCCCCAGCAACCUGCGGCGCCUGGCUCCUCUUCGCACCAGCAGCCGCUCCACUGACUCCUUCAUGCUUGCCGACACUCCUGUCAGACAGCAGAUGGACAACCUGCCGCCACCUCCACCUCCGCCUCCUUAUGAAGAAGACGAUGUCCAAAUGUAGCAGCGUCCUGACCCCCUCCUCUUCUCCUGCCAAAGACACAAUCUAACCUCAGACUUUGCACCUUCUACUCUCAAACAAUUGACUAGGGAAUGUUUUCUUUUCUGUGUCAAUCGUUUAAUCUUCACUUUCACAAUCCCAUGACCUCUGUGCUCCGCUCUUGUUGCUCUAACGUCACCCUUCGCUGAGCAGAGGGAAGCUGCAGGUGAAGCGAGGGAGCCUGUGUGCACGGUGGCAUGUUGUUGAACAGUCACGUUGUAUUUUAAUAUCAUAAAUCAGUCCUUAAGAAAAACUGUUAAAACUGAACGUGAUGCAAAAACCUUUAUCAAGCACUGUAGAUAUUUAUACAUUAUGUUGUUUAUACACUUCAUUCAAAUGGGGUUUUAAUUAGAUAUAAAAUCAGUUUUAACUCUAUAAUCUGAAUGUUUUUUGUGUGUUUCCUCGUGCUUCUCAGAACAGAACUCGAAUAUUAAACUUGAAGAAAGAGACCAAUGUAAAAAUGUGACUUAUAUGAUAAAGAUAUAUAUAUAUUUAUUCACAAAAGUUCCAGUUUGUAACGUGUCCUAAAUCUCAAAUCUGUGCAGGUGUCAACAUUUUAUGUACUUUAAACCGACCAGGCAUUGUAAUCAUGGAUUUAGCAAUAAAAAAAUAAAGUCAAUAUGUGACCAUGAAAUCAGUUUGAUUGCAGCUGAUAAAACAAUUAAAUUGCAUUGAUUUAUUUCUUAAUCUCCUAAUGAGUAGUAGCCUUAAUAUAGACCAGGAGAGAAACUGGGUUGACAUUGAAUUAAAUCUUUAAAUAGAUCACUUUUUCCACUCGUAUAUAUUUGGUUUGAUAUCCAUCCACCCAUUAUCUAUACUGCUUAACCUUAUAUGGCAAAUAGUUUCUGAUCGAGUUAGCCUUUUGAAAGAAACUGGGAUUGUAAACGAA